CCGAGGACCGCCGGGGCGGAGAUGGCGGGGCCGCCGUCGAGGCUGGCGCCAGAGCGUAGCCGGCUGUGGGUGCUGCAGCUUCAGUGAAAGGAGCCCUUCUGUCACUCGUCACUCGCUCCCUCGCUCCCUCGCUCGCUGUGGGAGGAGCCCGCCGGAGGAAGCUGUGUGCCUGGGAUGCCGAGAGCCAGAGAAUGGAUCUGCUCCGAGAGGGGAUGAGCUGAGGAUCCCGGCUUCCCGAGGCUAGACACAGGCAACUUGUCCUGGCUGGCUGCGGAUACGCCGAGGCACAGAGACGGAGGCCGCCCGGAGGAACCCACGGACAGACAGAUGGUCGGCGCGAACCCGCGAGGACCACGGCGGAGGCUGAGCAGCACGAGCCGCCGAGGAAGAGAAACUAACUGCAAACCCAAGUUGCCCCGCCGGCUUCCCCUCGCCGCGCUAAGGAAUGAAACCUUUCCAGCUCGAUCUGCUCUUCGUCUGCUUCUUCCUUUUCAGUCAAGAGCUGGGCCUCCAGAAGAGAGGAUGCUGUCUGGUGCUGGGCUACAUGGCCAAGGACAAGUUUCGGAGGAUGAAUGAAGGUCAAGUGUACUCCUUCAGCCAGCAGCCCCAGGACCAGGCCGUGGUGUCGGGGCAGCCAGUGACACUGCUGUGUGCCAUCCCCGAAUACGAUGGCUUCGUCCUAUGGAUCAAAGACGGCUUGGCCCUGGGUGUGGGCAGAGACCUUUCCAGUUACCCACAGUACCUGGUGGUAGGGAACCACCUGUCAGGGGAGCAUCACCUGAAGAUCCUGCGGGCAGAGCUGCAGGAUGACGCCGUGUACGAGUGCCAGGCCAUCCAGGCCGCCAUCCGGUCCCGCCCUGCGCGCCUCACCGUCCUGGUGCCACCCGAUGAUCCGGUCAUCCUGGGGGGGCCUGUAAUCAGCCUGCGGGCAGGGGACCCCCUCAACCUCACCUGCCAUGCGGACAACGCCAAACCUGCAGCCUCCAUCAUCUGGCUGAGGAAGGGAGAAGUCAUCAAUGGAGCCACUUACUCCAAGACCCUGCUUCGGGAUGGCAAACGCGAGAGCAUUGUGAGCACCCUCUUCAUCUCCCCUGGGGACGUGGAGAAUGGGCAGAGCAUCGUGUGCCGAGCCACCAACAAAGCCAUCCCCGGGGGCAAGGAGACCUCGGUCACCAUUGACAUCCAGCACCCCCCACUUGUCAACCUGUCUGUGGAACCACAGCCGGUGCUGGAGGAUAAUGUGGUCACAUUCCACUGUUCUGCAAAGGCCAACCCAGCUGUCACCCAGUACAGGUGGGCCAAGCGGGGCCAGAUCAUCAAGGAAGCGUCAGGAGAGGUGUACCGGACCACCGUGGACUACACAUACUUCUCAGAGCCAGUGUCCUGCGAGGUGACCAACGCCUUGGGCAGCACCAACAUCAGCCGCACGGUGGACGUCUAUUUCGGGCCGAGGAUGACCACAGAGCCCCAAUCCCUGCUCGUGGACCUGGGCUCUGAUGCCGUCUUCAGCUGUGCGUGGACAGGCAACCCGUCCCUGACCAUCGUCUGGAUGAAGCGGGGCUCUGGGGUGGUCCUGAGCAACGAAAAGACCCUCACCCUGAAAACCGUCCGCCAGGAGGAUGCUGGGAAGUAUGUGUGCCGUGCAGUGGUGCCCCGGGUGGGAGCCGGGGAGCGAGAGGUGACCUUGACUGUCAAUGGGCCCCCCAUCAUCUCCAGCACCCAGACCCAGCAUGCCCUCCACGGAGAGAAGGGCCAGAUCAAGUGCUUCAUCCGGAGCACGCCGCCCCCUGACCGAAUUGCCUGGUCCUGGAAGGAGAAUGUGCUGGAGUCGGGGACAUCGGGGCGCUACACAGUGGAGACCGUCAGCACCGAGGAGGGCGUCAUCUCCACCCUGACCAUCAGCAACAUCGUGCGAGCCGACUUCCAGACCAUCUACAACUGCACAGCCUGGAACAGCUUCGGCUCCGACACGGAGAUCAUCCGGCUCAAGGAGCAAGAGUCGGUGCCGAUGGCCGUCAUCAUCGGGGUGGCCGUAGGAGCCGGGGUGGCCUUCCUCGUCCUCAUGGCAACCAUUGUGGCCUUCUGCUGUGCCCGCUCCCAGAGAAAUCUCAAAGGGGUUGUGUCAGCCAAGAAUGACAUCCGAGUGGAGAUUGUCCACAAGGAGCCUGCCUCUGGUCGGGAGACGGAAGAGCACCCCACCAUCAAGCAGCUGAUGAUGGACCGGGGCGAAUUCCAACAAGACUCGGUGCUGAAGCAGCUGGAGGUGCUCAAAGAAGAGGAGAAGGAAUUUCAGAACCUGAAGGACCCCACCAAUGGCUACUACAGCGUCAAUACCUUCAAAGAACACCACUCGACCCCCACGAUCUCGCUGUCCAGCUGUCAGCCCGACCUGCGUCCCGCGGGCAAGCAGCGAGUGCCCACGGGCAUGUCCUUCACCAACAUCUACAGCACCCUGAGUGGCCAGGGCCGCCUGUACGACUACGGGCAGAGGUUUGUGCUGGGUAUGGGCAGCUCGUCCAUCGAGCUCUGUGAGCGGGAGUUCCAGAGAGGCUCCCUCAGCGACAGCAGCUCCUUCCUGGACACACAGUGCGACAGCAGCGUCAGCAGCAGUGGCAAGCAGGACGGCUACGUGCAGUUCGACAAGGCCAGCAAGGCCUCCGCGUCCUCUUCUCACCACUCCCAGUCCUCUUCCCAGAACUCCGACCCCAGCCGACCCCUGCAGCGGCGGAUGCAGACUCACGUCUGAGGAGCCGACCGGUGCGGGGGGGUGGGGGCGGCAAGGGCUGGGGAAGAGGCCUGGAGGCCAGGACACAUCCCGGCGCUCCAGAGACUAGGUAGGGGUGCUUUGCAGAGGACCUGCUGUCUCCAGGACACCUCCAGUGCCUCUGCGGACACCCCUUCCGAAGCCCUGAGCAAGCACAAAUCUGGGUCCCCCGCUGCAGUGUGCCGGAGGCUUGCAGGUGGGAGAGCACUUACAGGGUGCAGCUGAGGGUGCUGCGUGCUGAACAGUGGGGUCCCCAGCAAGUCCCUGAGGCCCUGCCACGCCCUGCACCUCCCACAGGCACUAGAGGCAGCUAUAACUUUGCUUUAAUGAAACUGUGUCCACUUUCUGGGGUCCCCGGGGCUCUGCCCUGGUUGCGCCCAAGCCCUACACCCGCGCUGUGCUCCUACAGAACCCUGGGGGCGAGCGGGGCAGAGUGCUUCCCAGCACCGAGCUGCCCCAGAGACCCUGGCGCCCCCUGCUGUUCACAGCCCAGACCCCGGAGGCCGAGGAGCCAGAAACGGCCCAGGAGCGCCUCCCACCGUUCGGGCUGGAGCCCACCCCUCGUGUUUGGUGUUUUGUGUCCAUGCUCUUGCACUUCUGUCCUUGGACUGGAUGCCUCUGAAUUCUCAGUGGGACUGGCCCAGCGAGAGACUGGUGUUCCGCAGGGAGCGGGAGGGGAAGGAGGGGGAGGGUGACCUGGGAACAGCUGACCCAUAAGCCCCGUCUCAGGCUGUGCCACUCAGAGCCUCCCCGCACCACCAACCCCCUGGCUUCAUGUACUCCCUCCCUCCUUGACGGCGUGGUCACGUUAAUAUAAGGAGUGCAAGAGC